AUGAAGGACCAGAAUGACCAGAAUGACCAGAAUGACCAGAAUUCUUCUUCAAUCGAAGAUCCGAUCGGCCCGUGCAAGCUCCGCGAUCCGUCCACGAUUAAUAAUCUCCAGCAUUCGAUCUGGUUCGCCGACAAGGCAUCAAUUCAUCCAGGGAUGCGGCUGAGACCUUAUAAUAAGUAA